GAGAGAGAGACACUAUUUAAUUAAUAUUGUUGGCCGGCGAAUGCGAUAACGAUAGCAAGCUUGGGGCGUACUUGUGUUUUCAAUAGUGCUAUUGUAGUGAAAUUUUUGUACGCAUACAAAAUUGACUAGGUUUACUGUAGGCAAAAAUAAAUGUAAAAAAAUUACCACUCACAUUUGAGCUUAUCUGAUUACCACUGUGUUGGACCAUAUAAUAACGGUGAUAACAGCGAUUGCGCAACUCAUUUGUAAUUGCUGCAUUUGAGAUUAUUACCCGUCUAACGGUGCUUGCUGAUUUGCAGUUAUCAGUUGAGCAGUGACUGGCCUGGAAUACGCGUAGUUCAUUUCUUUUUGUCCAGAAGAUUCAUUCAUUGAGGUUUUGCAGUUUGUGAAAUGUUUGCAUUACGCCGCACUCUAAAUAUGGCCUACGCGCCACAAAAGUUGACGCAAAGAUGCAAUUUUAAAGUUAAUUUCGGUGUCUCCGCGGCGAUGGCGCAGAAGGUACGUUCUGGACCCGUUGUCGAUGUGCUGGGUGAUGAGAUGACUCGCAUCAUUUGGCAGUCGAUUAAGGAUAAGCUCAUUCUGCCCUUCGUGGACAUCGAGCUGCACACAUACGAUCUGGGCAUCGAGAACCGUGAUAAGACCAACGAUCAGGUCACCAUCGAUUGUGCCGAGGCCAUCAAGAAGUACAAUGUGGGCAUCAAGUGCGCCACAAUUACGCCCGAUGAGAAGCGCGUCGAGGAAUUCAACCUGAAGAAGAUGUGGAAAUCCCCCAACGGCACCAUUCGUAACAUUCUCGGUGGCACAGUCUUCCGCGAGGCAAUCAUUUGCAAGAAUGUGCCUCGUCUCGUCUCCGGCUGGCAGAAGCCAAUUGUGAUCGGUCGCCAUGCCCAUGCGGAUCAGUACAAGGCCGUCGACUAUGUUGUGCCUGGACCUGGUCAGUUGACACUCACGUGGAAGGGCACUGAUGGCAAGGUCAUCAAUGAGGUUAUUAAUGAUUUUUCGGGUCCUGGCAUUGCCUUGGGCAUGUACAACACGGACGAAUCGAUUGUGGACUUUGCCCAUGCUUCGUUCAAAUAUGCGCUGGAUCGCAAGAUGCCGCUGUACAUGAGCACCAAGAACACAAUCCUCAAGAAGUACGAUGGUCGCUUCAAGGACAUCUUCGAGGACCUGUACAACAAGGAAUACAAGAAGCAAUACGAGGCCGCCGGCAUCUGGUACGAGCACAGACUUAUCGACGAUAUGGUUGCCUAUUGCAUGAAGUCUGAGGGCGGCUUCGUCUGGGCCUGCAAGAACUACGAUGGCGAUGUCCAGUCGGAUUCCGUUGCUCAGGGUUACGGCUCAUUGGGCCUGAUGACCUCGGUGCUAUUGUGUCCCGAUGGCAAGACUGUGGAGGCUGAGGCUGCUCACGGUACGGUAACGCGUCACUUCCGUUUCUAUCAGCAGGGCAAGGAGACCUCCACCAAUCCCAUUGCUUCGAUCUUUGCAUGGACACGUGGUCUGCUGCAUCGCGCCAAGCUGGAUAACAAUCAGCAACUGAAGGACUUCGCCGAUACACUCGAACAGGUCUGCAUCGACACAAUUGAGGCUGGUGCGAUGACCAAGGAUCUGGCUAUUUGCAUCAAGGGCAACCCAAAUGCUGUCGAACGCAAGGACUACCAGGAAACCUUCGAGUUCAUGGACACGCUGGCCAAGAAUCUGCAGAUCGCCAUUAAUAAGGGCUCCAAGCAGCAGGCAUCUCUUUAAGCACACACUCUAUAAGCACUCGUCAGAUGUCCUCAUUGUCAUAUUUACCUGUACAUAUGUAUGUGUGGAUGUGUAUCCUUAGCAUAUUUGAUGUUUUUCCCCUUUUAAAAUAGUUUAUAUUACAUGUAGUUUCCAUGUUCGUUCGUCUCUGCGAGACCUCAUUAAGAAGCUUGCUUUCGUGCAAAAUGUCCCGGUCAAAAUGUGAAACAGAAAUUUUUUUUAAAAAAAAUUAAUAAAUAUUUUUAUACCGCC